AUGACCUGCAUAGGAGACGAGGCGCUCGACGCACUCGAUGGAAUGAGGCUCUCAGAUGAGGAGAGAGAAGAUCUAGAUCAGAUAAUCAAAUCUUUCGAUGAGUAUUGCAUUGGCGAAGUCAAUGAGACAUUCGAAUCGUACAAAUUCCACAAGAGGAACCAGAAACAGUACAAAACUAUUGAUUCUUAUGUCACAGAGUUGCGCCAACUGGCAAAACGCUGCAAUUUCGUCGAAGAAGAUCGAAUGAUUAGAGACAGGCUUGUCAUUGGAAUACAAAAUGACGACAUCAGAGAAAAGCUUCUAGAACAGAAGAAGCUCUCACUGAGUGAAAGUGGAACUUUGGAUAUCUACAGAGCACAGGAAAAAGCUAAAACACAGCUUCAGGCAAUGUCUAUAUCUACUGAACCACAAGUAAAUAAACUCGGAAAACCAACCCAGUACAGAAACAGCCAGAAUCACUCAAAAUUGAAACCCCACAUACCGGCACAUAAAUGUGGACGAUGUGGACGUCAGCACGAGAGGAGAAGACGUCCGGCACAAGAGGCAAUUUGCCGUUCUUUCCAGAAGAAAGGGCACUUUUCAAACGUAUGUAGGACUCCCAAAACUACUUCCAAGAAACCAUACAAGAACAGAGCGAACAUUUUGAAAGACGAAGAAAAAGGGUACUUGGGAGCAGUGUUUGGACCAGGACAGCAAAACCAAUGGCAAGCUAAUGUCACAGUCAAUGAAAGGAGUAUAGACUUCAAGUUAGACACGGGUGCUGACAAGACGGUUAUACCCAAAAGUUGUGUCCCGGCAAACACCAAGAUCUGCAGAUCCCAAAAGAGACUGUAUGGACCAUCAGGUGAACAAGUCAGGAUUGUUCGAGAAUUCCAAGCAGAAUUGAAAUUGGAUACAGGAAAUUGUGCCAAACAGAAGAUCUAUGUGUUGGAAAAUCUUCCACAACCGCUACUUGGGAAACCUGCAAUAAAAGAACUGGACAUGUUGAAAAGAAUCAAUGUCUUGAAACGCGAAUCUGAUUUCAAGAAAGAAUUUCCAGAAUUAUUUACUAGCCUUGGUAAGCUAAAGAAAGAAUACAAAAUCGAAAUGAGAGAAAGUGUAAUUCCAUUUUCAGUGGCAACCCCAAGGAGACUGGCCUUACCUCUUCACAAGAAAGUGGAACAGGAGUUAAAGAGACUCAAAGAAGAUGAAAUCAUCAAGAAGAUUGAUUCAUCAACCCAAUGGUGUGCUCCCAUCGUGGUGGUCCGGAAGAAAGAGGGCAAGGUUAGGAUCUGUGUGGUCCUUUCUAAACUGAACGAGGGAGUGAAGAGAGAUUGCUACUUUGCCUACUACAGAGCAUCUUUUGGCUCAGUGUCAGGCGCUACAGUUUUCUCUAAGCUUAACUGCAACAGUGGUAUUUCAUUACGUCCCCCUUUCUGA